GCCAGACUUCAAUUACGCAUGCUACUUACGAGUAUUACUUACUGGAGUUACUGGCUAUUGAGCUCUCCAAAAUUAGGGAAGUGCCAAGUAUGACUGCUCUUUAUCUUACGGGUGUGUUCAUUUUUGGCAGACUCCUCUAUACGGCUCGGCUUCAUUUUUGGCGCUAACUUCUUGAGGAAGUUUUCUUCUCUGAUAACUCCACGCCUUUCCCUCUCCCUGACCCUUCACCUUCCACAAUCUUAUAAGCUUCUCUAGAAAGCUAAUCCGGAUUAGUUUUCUUCGACCCUGUUGAUUUCAGGCUUUCAGCCGUGUCGAUAUACAUCCCUCUGCAAGGUGUAAUUACUUCUAGCUCUGGUGCAAUGGCGACUAACUUCUCAUUUUCUACCCCUUCAUCAUCUUCCUCACCCUUCUCCUGCAUUUCAAACCCCUUUGCCACCUCCACCAAAUCGUCCUUCUCCCCAUUUGGGAUUUCUAGCAUCCAUACUCCACCCACCACCUCAUUGUUUGGAGGUGGUAGCACUAUUGCUGCUCCCAUGUAUUCUUUUGGUACUACCUUGCCACUUGGAAAUGAAAAUGUUCAUGCUUCACCCGUGUUUGGAGUUUCUCGAGAUCCAGGUAACACCUAUAGUUCCCAAAUGUCUGGAACCACAUCUUCUUCUUCUGGAAGGAAAACUAAGACAAGGAGAAGACGAAGAGUUUUGCCUUUUGAUAACUCUACCCUUCAUGCGUCUUCCUCAGGUUCAUAUAAUUUAAACUCUGGGACCACUGGAUCAUUAUCCUCAUGCUCAAUAGCUGUUGCUGCAUCACCAUUUGGGUUACCAGCUGUAGCUUUUGGAGCACCAUCGCUUUCAUCAACCUCUGCAUCAUCCUUUUCCCCAGCUUCAAGCUCAACUUUUUUUACAUCUGGUUUUAUGUUUCCCACCAUAUCAACUGCCACCUCAGCACCAUCCUCCCUUCCAUAUUCGUUCCCAAGUGUUUCAACUACAAGCAUUGUGUCUUCAUUUUCGCAGGGUAUCGAAAAUGCUUCAACAACUCCUGUUUCAUCCGUCACAACUCCAAAUGUGACAUCAUCAUCUUCAGAUAUGGCUAUCGUGACAGUUCCACUCAGUGGUAUAGAUUCAAAGCCUGCUGAGUUAGGCAUUGCAACUCUUUCAUUGCCCCAUUUUCCAAUAGUAACUGCAACAACCAGCGCUUCAAUUCAGGCUUGUAGUUUAGCAUCUUCUGCUGUUGCAGCCUCAGCUGCUACUCCAGCUGCUAUUUUUGGGCCCAGUAACACCAGUACUGGUACAUUUAAUGUUUGUACUAGCAUAUUUUCAAUCUCUUCAAAGGCGCCAUCAAUUUCUCCUACUUCACAACAGAUGCCAACAACUUCAUUACCAACACUUGCUAUGGUUUCCAGAAGGGAGAGAUUGCGAAAAAUGAAUGAGGAGCUAGCUAGCCUUACAAAUGAUACACUUGAGCAUCGGGGGCAUCGUGCUAUGGCCGAGGCCGUGUUGGUCACUUCUGAGAUAAUCCGGCGGAAGGAUGAGCAGGUGCGGGAGCUGCAGAAGGCCUUGGCCAUUGAGCAGGGAAAGCGAAACAAAAUGGUGAAGGACAUGGAGGCACUGAAAGAUGCCCAUGCUGCCGAGAUAGCUUACAAGAAUGAGUGUCAUGUCAGGGCAUUGAAUGCAGCCAUUGACGCAUACAAAGAGUCCUCUGAGUUUGAGGCUGAACGGAAAGCAUACAUCAAGGCUCAUUUGAAUGAGAUCGGUGAGGAGUUUCUAGCCACUCCGUUAGGAGAAGAAAAGGUAACCCAAGAGAGCCUUAUUGCGUAUCAGGCGGGGCUAUAUGAUAUGCAACAGAAGAUCUAUCCCAAAUUGAGGGACAAGUUUGAUGACUUUGAUGUGAAUGGUUGGGGGUUGCCCAAAGAGAUGAUCGACCCUGAGGCUUUGGUUGCUACGCAGCAGAACAAUGUUGCUAUUCUUGGAAGCCUCUCGUCUGAUGCUGACCUCACUGUGCCACCUGCUGUUGAAGAGGGGGGCGCCUUAGAGCUGCAGAUGGUUGAAGAUAAUCACCAACCCUUAUCUGCCCAGACUGACUCAGACCGCGCUGUGGAAUCGGCUGUAGAUGGUAGGAGUGUAGGACAAAAUAUAAGUGAAGCUGACGUAUAGUUUAACAAUAACGCCUAAAAACUGAAGUGGAAAGCUUUUGAUUCAAGAUGAAAUGAGUGUGCACAUCUUAGAUAUCUUAACAUUUGCAUCAAAUUAACUUCCCCUUAAUCUGCCCUGAAGUGAAAAUAUUUGAACUGCUUGGCUUCAUUAUUGCAU